AUGGAUCCCAAUGACCACUACUAUCUCGAUCGAAGAUACAACAACAAUCGCGGAAGAUUUGGUCAGAAGGGGUAUAGAAGUCAACGCUUUAACCGCCCACAAGGCCGUUACGGCCACAACCACCCGUGGAAUAAGAAGUGCUUCGUCUGCAAUAAGGAAGGAUGCAUCUAUUUCAACAACCUUACAGACACUAUUGUCGGACGAACAACCCUCCCGGUUAUCCGCAAAUGGGGACAUCCUUGGUUCCUCCUACCUAAGACCAACGAGGCCGCUAUCGCAUUCCUCACGGAGAGCGAGAUCCGCACUCUUCAUCGUCGAUUCGGGCACCCAGCGGUCCCAAGACUUCACAACCUCCUACGGCAAGCUGGCCACAACGAUGUGACGAUAGAUAUCCUAGAGAACAUCUCGAGAUUCUGUCAUCACUGUCAAAUGCACUCUCAAGCUCCAAGACGCUUCAAAUUCACCCUAAAGGAUGACCAGGAAUUCAACUACGAAAUCGUCGCUGAUGUGCUCUACCUUGGAACCCUCAACGCCCCGUCUUCCCUCCGAGCCCUCUGGAUAGACACAUAUCUCGGACCCCCUGAUACUAUCAAGCACGACGCAGGGACCAAUUUUGCCUCCCUAGAGUUCCGUAACGAGGUUGAAAGAUAUCAUGCCCCUCUCCGCCCCAUCAACGACACAGCAGGGCCAAAUGGCAUUGUCCCUACGCUCCUAGUCUUUGGCGCCUACCCUCGAAUGGCCCCAGAAAGCGAUGAAAAUGCUUCGUCAGCUCUCAGCAGAGCGGCAAGUGCAGGGCGCCUUACACACAAAGAACGGACCAUCAUCAACAGGCGUUAUACUAUCGCUCCCACUGCAAAGCGAGGUCCGAGUGUGGAGAGAAAGCUCGGCUGGCAAGGCCCUUUUAAGAUUAGUGCAAUUGAUGGCUCCAAUGUCACAAUUGAUACUAUCAACGGACCCCAGACCUUCCGUUCCACCCUUGUGCAGCCUUAUUUCCGCGACGAGACGACGAUCCCUGCCCCGCUGCUGCUGCUGCGGAUGAUUCUGACAUUCCUGUUUCUGAUCCUGCGAGCGAUUCUGUUCCUGUUUCUGCCCCUGCCCCUGCCCCUGUUCCUGCUCCUAAUCCCCCGGCGCCGCGCAAGCGAGGCCGCCCCCCUGGCACCCUUUGAGGAAUCCGAUAGCACGGAGAUCGAUGAUCUAUUGGUACGAGGAGUGUUUAGCUUCGAACGCUACAAUGAAGCAAAGCACGGGAACCAUCAUAUCUUCCGCUCCCGCAUGGUCCGCGAGGUUAAAGGGCACAACGACCAAGAGAAAACCACCCUAUUGACGCAAUCCCCGACAAUUCAACGCGGACCUGAUAACUUUGGGAUUGUGGGAAUGCAGACUGACGAUACCCUUAUGCUUGGCACACAACGUUUUUCCGCGCUAGAGGAAGCGGAACUCGUAAAGGCACAAUUUCGGGCAAAGCCGAAGACAACGAUGACCCCGGUACUAGCAUUGACUUCAACGGGUCAAGCAGCCAAGAUCGAACCCAUCGACAUCAAGGCAUACGAUCGAGCCCAACAGUACGUGGAACAGCGUGCCCGUGGCGCAGGAUUGCACGACCUCAACAAGCGGCUUCAAUGGCAGAAAGACCACCAGCAGCGAGGCCUAACGUAUAUCCCUAUUGACCUCGCCAAUGCCAAGCUUAUCGUCUUUACCGACGGUUCCUUUGCGAACAAUAAGGACCUAUCGUCACAGCUAGGCUUCGUCAUUGCCCUAGGCAAUGUCCUCCAUUGGAGCUCAACGAAGUGUAAGAGGGUCACCCGAAGCGUGCUAGCAUCAGAGAUCUACGGCAUGGUCAACGGAUUCGAUAUUGGGAUAUCACUAGCAACGACGAUACGGAAGAUCACAGACCGCCUCAAUCUUCCCCCUAUCCCCCUAAUCGUUUGCACCGACUCUUUUUCCCUCUACGAGUGCCUCGUUAAGCUAGGCACAACGAAGGAGAAGCGAUUGAUGAUAGAUAUCAUGGCCCUACGUCAAUCCUACGAAAGGCGUGAGAUCACAGAAAUCCGCUGGAUUAACGGCGCAGACAACCCAGCAGAUGCUAUGACAAAGGCAUCGCCUAACCGCGCCCUCGAACGCCUCGUCGAUACGAAUAGCCUUACGAUUAGGAUAGAAGGAUCAGUCGAACGCCCUCCCCGCUAG